AUCGAUUUGGGAUCCAUGUUUCCUGAAAACGGAAUUUCUGAAAGUUGUUAAAUUUCGAUAUUAGUAGGACGACAUUAAGUUGAAGAGUUAAGAUAAACUUUCAGAAAAUAUCUCGUUGAAUUAGACAACGUUGAAAAUCAUUUUUUCUUAAAAAUCUUUGUGAAACACAAGUCUGAUUCUCAACAUUUUCAUCAGUGAAGAACGAUAACGCUUAACAUUCUUUUUCUCAUCAUUCAUUAAAUUGUUUCAUCAGACAAUGGAGUUGUCAAUAAUGGUACGAAAAUGUUUCUUAUUAAGCAAUGAUUAUUAUACGAGUAAUAUCAAUCUUUUCUCUUAUUUAGAUGAAACCGAUUUAAACGAAUUGCGUUCACGAACAACACUCGAUGUUAAUAUCGAUCCAUCUCACUUUUUUCGAAAUGAACUGGCAAAUGCUAUUCGCGAAAUUCGAGGUGAAUACGAAGCAUUAACGGAACAUCAACGUUCAGAUUUACAAAAUCGUUAUACGAUCUUAUAUAACGAGACUGUUUCACAGUAUACUCGUGAAAGUUUUGAUCCUAUUACGCAAGAAAAUAUAAGAAGUCAAGAACAAAAACUGAGAGAAACAUUGGUUGUAAGUAAAAAUGAAGUAGGUCAUAUGAGAGCAAGAAAUGAAGAAAUGAAAACUCGAAUCAAAGAAUUAGAAAGAUGUUUUGAACAAAAACGAGAGCAAGGUGACCGACUAAUUCAGCGACUUUCAUUGGAUAUUGAAGAAUUGAAACGACGACUGGAGCAGAUGAGUCGACAGUACGAAGAGGUAACGACUAUGAAGACAUCGCUACAAAAAGAAAUAAAUACAUAUAGAGACCUGUUGGACGCCCCUGGUGGUCUAGGAAAUAUCGUCAAUCAAGCGCUCGAAGAGGCCAGAAAAGCGCAGGCUGAAAAAGAAUUAAACAAUAUGAAUGCUUCUCUAGCUUAUGGCAGUGGGAGCGGUGGAACGCGUAGCAGAGUAAUUCAACACACAUAUAUGAAUAUGAGUGGCGCUACUAGUGGAGGCUCAGCAUAUACAGGGCUCGGGGGUGUACACGGAGGCAGUUUUAGAGCCCCUUCAAACAUUUAUAACACAAUAUCGAGUGGUUUUGGAGCGGGAGAAGAAACAGGCGCAAACGAUUACAGAUCGAGUGGUGGAAAUGGUGCUACAAGCGGAAGUUAUUCGUCUACGUCUACAAUGCGUCAACAGUAUUCAUCUGCCCAUUAG